AUUGCUUUUACCUUCAUGGUUUAUCCAUCACUGAUACUCGCAUAUAUGGGACAAGCUGCUUAUCUUUCACGGCAUCAUGUUAUUGAAAAUGAAAGCUAUCGUAUUGGCUUCUAUGUUUCUGUGCCAGAGAAACUAAGGUUGCCUGUUCUGGUGAUUGCUAUACUUGCUGCUGUGGUGGGGAGCCAAGCCAUCAUUACUGGAACAUUUUCAAUUAUUAAACAAUGCUCCUCUCUGGGUUGCUUUCCUAGAGUCAAAAUAGUUAAUACAUCAUCAAAAAUACAUGGACAGAUUUAUAUUCCAGAGAUCAAUUGGACCUUAAUGCUUCUAUGCUUGGCUGUUACUAUUGGCUUCAGAGACACCAAAAGGAUGGGCAAUGCUUCAGGUUUGGCAGUUAUAACUGUCAUGCUGGUUACGACUUGUUUGAUGUCAUUGGUGAUCGUUUUGUGCUGGCGCAAGAGUGUCAUACUUGCACUUUGCUUUGUGAUAUUCUUUGGGACGAUUGAGGCCUUAUACUUCUCAGCUUCUCUGAUUAAAUUUUUGGAAGGAGCAUGGGUGCCUAUUGCGAUGGCCUUUGCUUUCAUGAUAGUAAUGUGCAUUUGGCACUAUGGCUCUUUGAAGAAGUAUGAGUUUGAUGUCCAGAAUAAGGUCUCUGUUGAGUGGCUACUCGGUCUUGGUCCCAGCCUAGGCAUUGUACGAGUUCGUGGCCUUGGCCUCAUACACACUGAGCUCGUAUCCGGAAUCCCAGCAAUCUUCUCACACUUUGUUACCAAUCUUCCAGCAUUCCACCAGGUCUUAGUAUUCCUUUGUGUCAAAUCUGUCCCUCUUCCUCAUGUUAAACAUGAUGAGCGUUUCCUUGUUGGACACAUUGGUCCAAGAGAAUUCCGCAUAUACAGAUGCAUUGUCAGGUAUGGUUAUCGCGAUGCUCAUAAAGAUGAUUCAGAAUUUGAGAAUGAUCUUGUGUGUAGCAUAGCUGAGUUUAUAAGGACAGGAAAAAUGGGAAUAAAUGUUAACGGUGAAGAUCUUAGAAAGGACUUUGAAGAUCUGACUGUUGUUGGAACCCCGUCAACUCAUAUAUCAGGAGUUCAACUUUGUGAGGAUGAGGAUGUAAGUCCUGAAUUAGUUGGAACAUCGGAACACAGAGAAAUACGUUCUCCACACGUAACCAAGCCUAAGAAAAGGGUGAGGUUUGUUAUACCAGAAUCCCCAAAGAUUGAUAGAGGUGCACAGGAGGAGUUGAGGGAAUUGAUGGAAGCAAGGGAAGCAGGCAUAGCUUACAUAUUGGGACAUUCUUAUGUAAGAGCUAAACAAGGUUCUAGCUUAUUUAAGAAAAUAGUUAUAAAUUUUGGUUAUGACUUUUUGAGAAGGAAUAGU